AUGUGUCUAAUGAAUCCCAAUAUUCCAGUCAAUGCCAGAUGGGCACAGAAUGGAGUGACCGUUGCUGGUGGCCAUGGAGCAGGCAAUGCCACCAAUCAACUCGACAGCCCUUUUGAUCUCUUACUUGAUGAUGAUCAAACUAUAGUUAUUGUUGACGACAAUAAUCAUCGUAUUAUGCAGUGGAAGAUAGGUGAUACGAAUGGGCAAGUAGUAGCAGGUGGCCACGGCGAAGGAAAUCGAUUAGAUCAAUUGAAGGGUCCAAGUGAUGUGUUGAUCGACAAGGAGACGAGUAGUCUGAUUAUUUGUGAUUGGAGGAAUCGACGAGUCGUACGAUGGUCUCGUUUCAGUAGCACAACUGAAGGAGAAGUUCUACUCGACAACAUCUGGUGUUUUGGAUUGGCCAUGGAUAAUCAAAGAUAUCUGUACAUCUCUGACACAGAAAAACAUGAAGUAAGACGAUAUCGAAUGGAAGACAAGAAUGGAAUCGUCGUGGCCGGUGGUCAUGGCCGAGGUGCCGCUCUUAAUCAGCUCAACUGGCCAACCUCGCUCUUUCUCGAUCAACAACAGACUGUCUAUGUGUCAGAUUGGUUCAACAAUCGUGUGAUGAAAUGGAACAAAGGUGCACAAGAAGGUAUUAUCGUCUUUGGAGGUCAAGGGGAUGCUUUGACACAAUUGUCGAGUGCUUCAGGACUGUUCGUUGACGCGUUGGGUACCAUCUAUGUGACAGACUCGUCGAAUAACCGAGUGAUACGUUGGCCUAAGGGAGCAAAACAGGGUACUAUCAUUGUGGGCGGCAAUGAUGAAGGAAAAGAAGCUAAUCAGCUUCACAGCCCUAGGGGCUUGUCCUUCGAUCAACACGGCAACCUCUUUAUCGUUGAUCGUUGGAAUCAUCGAGUUCAGCGAUUUUUUCUUGAAUAG